GCACGGUGUCAACGGAUCGAAGCGUAACCUCAAAGCCGAGUUCUUUUCUACGAGUGUGUUUCACUUAUUUACACGUGUUUCCAAAUGGCCCCAACUAAAGAAAAGGCCGCCGCGGUCCCAAAGGGCGAGAAAACAGUGAAAAAAUCCGACGGAACCAAGGCCAAGAAGCCCCUGUCGGAUGGUGUAACUCGUUUCAUGAAGCGCAAGAAAAAUGCGCAUAAGAAAUUGUUUUCUAUAAAGAAUGGGAAGGUGCGUUCUGAGAAGCCGAAGGUCGCCAUUUCUGUUGUGAAGAAGAUUGGUGGUGCCAAAAACGGAGGCGAGCGCACGGUGAUCCUCAAGAAGAACAAGAGCUAUCUGCCGACGAAGUCCAUCGUUAAAAAGCGUACUGGUAAGCGGUGUUUCCGGAACCAUAAGCGCAAUUUGCGCAAGACUCUGAAGAAGGGUAAAAUCCUGAUCCUGCUGGCCGGUCGUCAGAAGGGAAAGCGCGUCGUCCUGCUGAAGGCUCUGAAGUCCGGACUGCUCCUGGUUACCGGACCGUUUGCUGUCAACAGCUGUCCUCUCCGUCGUAUCUCCCAGAACUAUGUCAUCGCCACCAAAACCCGCGUCAAUCUGAAGAGCUACAAGGUACCGAAGCACAUCAACGAUACCUACUUCCGCCGUCAGCCGAAAAAGAAGAACUCGCGGGCCGAGCGGGACAUCUUCGCGGAGAAGGUGGAAAAAUACGUUCCAUCUGAGCAGCGCAAGACCGACCAGAAGAAAAUCGACGAAGCCGUGCUGAAGGCAAUCCAGAAGCACAAGGAAUCGAAGAUUGUUCUGCGCUACCUGAAGUCGAUGUUUUCGUUGCGGACGAACCAGUUCCCGCAUCGUAUGCAGUUCUAAGGAAGGUGCGUAUCACUGGGGUAGAAUGAGGGGACACCGGUAGGAUCCAGGGUAUCUCGGUUCCCAUCCCUAAGCAGGGGAGGAUUGUUUUUAAGGUUUAAUUAUAAAUAUAAUUUGUCAACAACAAGAGCACUGGAUUGUUUACUGGUACGGAGAAAUACAUUUGAAGAUCGAUGUCUUUGAAAGUGAAACAA